UCAUUUCAUCUUAUGAAUUUGCUACUAUUUCGAGCUGUUCCUAGAAUAUAGCCAGACUCAAGACAAGAGUCCUACCCUUCCUUCUCCACUUUCAAGAAUUCUCUUUUUUUUUUUUUUUUUUCCUUCCAAAAUUGAAUCUUUUUCAGUGAAUUAUUAAUAGUUUAAAGAUUUAGAGUUGAAAGAUGGCAGGUUAUAGAGGUGAUGAUGAGUAUGAUUAUCUAUUUAAGUUGGUGUUGAUAGGUGAUUCAGGUGUUGGUAAAUCCAAUCUGCUUUCAAGGUUCACAAAGAAUGAAUUCAAUUUGGAGUCUAAAUCUACUAUUGGUGUUGAAUUUGCUACUAAAAGUAUGAAUGUUGAUGGUAAAGUUAUUAAAGCUAAGAUUUGGGAUACUGCUGGUCAGGAAAGGUAUCGUGCCAUUACCAGUGCUUAUUAUCGGGGAGCUGUUGGUGCUUUGCUCGUAUAUGAUGUUACUCGACAUGUUACCUUUGAAAACGUUACAAGGUGGUUGAAGGAGUUGAGAGACCACACUGACCCUAACAUUGUGGUCAUGCUCCUUGGCAACAAAUCAGAUCUCCGACAUCUCGUGGCUGUUUCAACUGACGAGGCUAAAUCUUUGGCAGAGAGGGAGGCAUUAUACUUCAUGGAGACUUCCGCUUUAGAAGCAACCAACGUUGAAAAUGCAUUUACUGAAGUUCUCACGCAGAUAUACCGGAUUGUGAGUAAGAAGGCAGUUGAGGCAGGCGAUGAAGGUGCUACUUCAUCUGCUCCACCUAAAGGACAGACAAUUAAGUCUGCUUGGAAAAAGUUCGGGUGCUGCUCAAGCUAGGGUUCGAGGAAACUAUGUAAGAUGAUAGCUCAAGCUUUAUCUGUUGUAAAUUGUCAUUAAAUCAACGAUUUCCUCCCCCCCGGCUUCUUUUCUUUGGUUAUCGCGCUUGUGGGAUUACGCGAAGCAGCGUUCUCAUGAAAACGCCGAAGCAGCAGGUAUUGUUAGGUUCUAAUUACAGAAUGUCUGUCUGAAACAAGGUCUAGUUUUAUUAUGUGCUCUGGAUGAUGGCUUGAGAAAUGGAGGAAAUGUCGAAAUCUUUCAAAUAACAUGUUACUGAUAUCUUCUUGUGUCA